AGAAGUAAAGCGCAAAAGCGCCAAAAGAGAGCGGCGGCUUGUUGCCACUGGGAGAAGCACAAGCACGCGGGUACGUCAGAGCGGAAAAGCGGAGAUCGCGCAGACCUGGCCUGGACUGGACUGGACCACCUUGCGACUCCCCGCUACCUUCACCCUUCAACAAUGGCACCCUCCACAUCGCUCUCGUCGCAUGAGCGAACCCGAGUGGAGGACUAUCUAAAUGACAAGAUUCAAGUCACGCCUGACCUUGAUAGUCUCGACUCCCUCCUCUCCAACCUCCGCGCUCAGCAGGAGCUUCAACGAAAGCAGCUAGCAGAGGCACAGGAAGCUCUAUCGAACGCGACGAAGGCGUCCAUUGACCAUGCUGAAGCUACUCGCAAACGCGCCGAGACAUUUGCGGAGGAACAGGCGGACAUCGACCGGCGCUUGAAGGCCAUUACGCAAUCCGAAACCAGCGAUGAAGCAGUGCAUCGACUAGAGAAAAGCAUGGAGAGGUUCCAACGCCUGGAGUUAUCUAAGGGAUACGUGGAGCUACUAAGGGAGGCAGAAGAGCUGAGCAAGGAAGCCCUCGCCAGCAUCUCCUCCGAGCCUCGCACCGCGCUGAAGCCAUAUGCCCAACUCCGCAAUCUCGUGUCUUCGCUGAAAGAAGCCCAACCCGCCGCUGAGGGAGCUGCGCCCCACCUUAUCGACUAUACCGAGAAACUCGCGUGUGCAUUGAGACAACAACUGAAGAAGUUUUUCAGCGAUCGACUACAAAAGUCACUUGAAUCUAUGAAAUGGCCAACCCGGGAACUGAAUAUCACCGAUUCAUUGCUAGAUCAGUGGAGGCAGGAUGUUGAGUUACUGAUUGAUUUACAAACUCCGUAUGUUGUUAAAAUACUCACCGUCCCCGAACUCUCGGCUAACCAAAAAUAUAGCGAGCUACCAGGCCGAGAUGCGUUAGCACCUGGUUCCACUAUUCAGCCUCCAGUCCUCUUCCCAUUGGAAGUGAUGGUGCAUCCACUUGAGCUCCGAUUCAAAUAUCACUUUAGCGGCGACAAGCCGACCAACAGGCUUGACAAGCCUGAAUAUUUCCUGUCCCACGUCAUGGAUCUAAUAAGUCAAUUCGGAGGCUACUUCACAUCAUAUCUCCAGCCUAUACUUGACGAAAAAGCCCAGGCUGCGGGUCAAUGUUUUGAGUGGAAUUUUUAUAAUGCACUGCAUGCUUUUAUUAACGCCCUUCUGCCCAUGCUGAGGCAAAAAAUCGAUUCAUUUCUUCCUCAGAUCGCAGACCACCCCCAGUUACUGAGCCACUUCAUCCACGAGCUCAUGAAUUUUGACAACGACAUUCGUGAGACUUGGAAUUACCUACCAGAUCCCUACCAAGAAGGAUAUUGGAGGGGGCUGACCUCGGAGGUUCUGACAAAGCAGGGCUGGUACGAUCGUUGGCUUCAAGUCGAGAAAGAAUUCGCAUUAGCUCGAUACAAAGACAUUAUCGAUAAUCCUGAUAGUGGGCAUAUCGACUAUGACGGCAUCGAGCUCACCGCGACUAAGCCGACUAAGGCUGCAAUCCGUGUAAACGAUCUUCUGGAAACUAUCACUGAACGUUAUCAACCUUUGACUUCGUUCAGUCAGAAACUCCGAUUCUUGAUUGACAUUCAAAUCACCAUUUUCGAUCAAUUUCAUGAGCGUCUCCACUCCGCUUUGGAGGCAUACCUUGCCAUGACAUCUACAAUCGGCCGCACAGUGCAGGGUGCUGAUGGCCAAGCCAGCGUGGAAGGUGUUGCAGGCCUUGAGCGACUCUGCAGAGUCUUCGGCAGUGCCGAAUACCUUGAAAGAAAAAUGGAAGACUGGAGCAACGAUGUUUUCUUUGUUGAGUUAUGGUCCGAGUUACAAGAACGGGUUCGCCAAAAUCGCGACGGUGGUAAGAAUGUCGCUGGCAACAUGUCCAUUGCGGAAGUGGCAUCUCGUACCUCUCCAGCCGUGGCGACCAACGAUGCAACCAGUGAGCAGUCCUCAUCUGAUGGUGCUCUCUUUGAUGAAACCGCCUCUGCCUACCGCCGUCUUCGAUUGCGAUCUGAAUCCAUCAUCAUCUCGACGUUGACUUCGAAUGUAACGACUGCUUUGAAACCUUACUCUCGUGUAUCGACCUGGGCAACUAUUUCCACACCCUCCACCGGUGCUUCAUCAUCUCCGCUCUCCCUAACAUCUGACCUGGCACAUGCAAUCCGCACCCUGUCCACCCAGGUCUCCUUUCUCUCUCGUGCACUUGGUGUUGCUUCUCUUCGCCGGGUUUCCCGCCAGCUUCUCCUUUCCAUACAGACUUACAUCUGGGAUAAUGUACUGAUGAGAAAUGCGUUUUCUGCCACGGGUGCGGCACAGCUGUUCAGUGAUGUGGACCAUAUCUGCAAUGUGAUUGACACCUCCCUUGGUGUAGCCGGUCAUGCUGGGGGUGCUAUACAGAUUGUGAAGAAGUUGAAUGAUGGCCUGCGUCUCCUCCAACUGGAUGCAUCGCCAGCUGAAGAUGGCACCGAUGAUGCAGAAUCGACUCCGGGAUUGUGGGACGUGGAAAAGAGGUUAUUUAAGGACAACGAGAGCGCCCGGACUGCGCUUGUCGAGCUAGAGGUCGAUGGGCUGACGGAGGCCGAAGCUCGGUCGGUGCUGGAGCGCAGAGUUGAGAUCGGAAACUAG